CCCCGCCGUCCGUUUCCCAGCGCCCACUCUCCUGGGGCUCGGCCUCCGGCUUCGGGGAGUGCCCAGCCCAGCCGGGACUGGUUCCUGCCCGGAGCCUGCCCGCGUCGGCCGCCCGGGCUCCACACUCACCCUGUCAGGCAUCUUCCUGCGGGCUGGGAACCCAGAGCAGGCUUCCCGGUCUCCGCUCCGUCUCCAGGAGCAGCCCGGGCUCGUUGCACAACCCCUCACCUAUGAUGGCCAUUCCGACUUAGGACUGCGGGUCCCGCAUUUGCCCCAGGAUGAAGUCCAAACAACACAGCAGGGCUCAGGGGCGCGACCUGACCCAGCCCUGGCUCUCUGGGGCCCCUCUUGCUGACCCCUCUUCCUGCCACGUUCUGCCAUAGUUCGAAGCCUGCGGUUCCUGGAACUCUUUCACCUCCAGUUCUUAGUCCCUGCUCCUCCACCUGUCCAGUCCUCUGGCACCUGGUCACUUGAACCACACCUUCCUUCUGGCAGCUUUCCCAUUCUGGCUGGCUGGGUGAGGUGCCAUCACAGGCAGUCAUAUGUAGGUGUCUUAAAGUGUUGCAGUUAUCUGGUUGUUUGUUGGUCCUCAUAAGACCUAGCUGGGGGCUGAGCAGGGUGGCAUUCACCUGUAAUUCCAGCAACUUGGGAGGCUGAGACAGCAGGACAGCAAGUUCAAAGCCAGCCUCAGCAAUUAGAUCCUGUCUCAAAAAAUACAGAAGUCUGGGGGUGUAGCUCAGUGGUAAAUAUGCCCUGGGUUUGAAAAGACAAAAAUAAAAAAAGCCCUACUGAGGUGCAUGUCAUGGCAAUAGUUGGGGUUCUGGGUGCCAGGCAUGUGUUCCCAGUAAGUGAGACAUCUGGGUGUGCACUGCCCAGUUCAACCCAUCAGUGACACACAGGAGGUCCCAGCAUCUUGACUUGAAGAUGCUGGGCCUCUUCCUUAACAAACUGGUGGACCCUAGAGGCGCUUUGUUAUCUUCCUGUGGCUUCCUCUUCUCCUGCCCCUUAACACUGAACACCCAGUCAGCAAAUUGUUGAGCCAAAGUACAUAGUUACUGGUCCUGCCUACUUCGUGUUUCUACUUAAGUGGCCGGGAUCUGGUUAAACUUGUGAAUAAAAGCAGUGGUGAGUACCAUGGAGACUAGCCUGGAACUGUGAAAGUGUAGGAGCAGUCCCGGCAGGUGUGGAGGAUCCAGAGAGCACUGGGAGUGAGAUGCGGGGAGGAGAAUGACCAGCAGGUUGGGGGGUGCUCAGGGUGACAGAGAUCCUAAGACAGGAUGUAGGUGUAUGUCUUCUGGAGAACUGAGAGCAAGGUAGUGAGACCUGAGAGGUGGUCUGAGCCUAACUGUAGGUCUAUCAGGCAGGUGGUACAGAGGGAUGGGAUCUGGGAACAGUGGGAGGCCACAGGACACCCUAGAAGGAAAGUGGCUUGGCAGUCAGAUUUGUGGUGGGAAGCCUGGCGCGAUGGUGCACGCCUGUAAUCCAGUGGCUCGGGGGCUGAGUCAGGAGUAUUGCUAGUUCAAAGCCAGCCUCAGCAAUUUAUCAAGGCUCUAAGAAACUUAGUGAGACCCUGUCUCUAAAUAUAAAAAGGGCUGGGGAUGUGGCUCAGUGGUUAAGUGCCCCUGGGUACAAUCCCUAAUACAAAAAAAAAAUUGUGGUGUGAAAAGAUGGAUGUCCUGGAGGGACGAUGCUUGCUGAAGAGAGACUGCUGCGAGUGGAGGCCGUUGCCCCAGUCUAGGGCAGGGUGCUGGAGGAGGGGAAAAGGUAGUUGCUGGUGAGGGUAGAGGAAAGUAGAGCCAUCAGACCUGGGGACAAAUUAGAUUGGAUCUGGAGGGUGGAGACUGUCCUUAUCAAUCUGCAGGAUUGCUAGGGGCCUCCAACCUGCUCACUGAGUACUCAGACUAGCCUUUCUCCAGGAUUGAGACCCCCUCCAAGCCACCUGUCACCAGCGGAACACCCCUGGUGGAGAGUAUGUUGAUGCUGACAUUUCUCAGUCUUGACAUUGUGGAUAUUUGGGCCUGGGUCAUUCUCUAAUGGGGCAUCCUGGCCAGCAGGGUGCUGAGCAGCCUCACUCUAUUCCAGGAGCACCUCCAGUUGUGACAAUCAUAGAUAUCUUCAAAUAGCAUCAAGUGUCCCCUGGUGGGGGAUACCUCUGUUUGAGUGCCAGCAUCAUCGACUCUCCCUCUGAAAAGGACUUUACAUGAGGCUUGCAUUCUGCCCUGUGUUGUCCUUGUGUCUCCCUGGCUCUCACAGCUCUCCUCCUUGUGCCACUGGAUCCUGUGACUGGAUAUGGCUCUCUCCAGACCCUGCCCAUGUCUCAGUUCCAGAGGAACAGAUGUAUUUCUGCCCCACCCCAGCUGAGUCUGUGGGCCUACAGUUUCAUAUGCACUAGUGUGUGAUCCCAUUUGCCUCUGAACCAUGUCCUGAUGGCCCAGUGUUCUUCAUGCUGUGACUCAAAACUGGGCAUAACCAGGGUUUCCCACUGCACGACGACAUGGAGACCUGUGGCCGCAAGGCUCCUGGGGGCUCAGCUUGGACGGCAGUGGGGCUGGGCUGCAGCCUCCUAACGGGGCUUUUGUCUGGGGUGGUGGCCUGGGAGACGCCCUCCCCACUGCCUGCAUCUUGGAGCACCCCUGCAUCUCCCCUGCCAAGUGAGGCUGGGCAGCCUUGUUGGUGGGUGCCCCUGAAGAGGCCCAGUGAAGGGCCCGGCGCCCGCCAUGAACGGCCUGUCAGUGAGCGAACUCUGCUGCCUCUUCUGCUGCCCACCGUGCCCUGGCCGCAUUGCUGCCAAGCUCGCCUUCCUGCCUCCAGAGCCUACCUACUCACUGCUGCCUGAGCCUGAGCCAGGGCCUGGAGGGGCUGGAGCUGCCCCCUCAGGGUCCCUGAGAGUCUCUGCCGGCACCCCAGGGCGCUGGAAGGUCCACCUGACUGAACGUGCUGACUUCCAGUACAGCCAGCGUGAACUUGACACCAUCGAGGUCUUCCUGACUAAGAGCACCCGUGGCAACCGCAUCUCCUGCAUGUAUGUGCGUUGCGUUCCUGGUGCCAGGUACACAGUUCUCUUCUCGCAUGGCAACGCAGUGGACCUGGGUCAGAUGAGCAGCUUCUACAUCGGCCUGGGCACCCGCAUCAGCUGCAACAUCUUCUCCUAUGACUACUCUGGCUAUGGCGUGAGCUCAGGCAGGCCCUCCGAGAAGAAUCUCUAUGCAGAUAUCGAUGCUGCCUGGCAGGCCCUGCGUACGAGGUACGGCAUCAGCCCGGACAGCAUCAUCCUGUACGGGCAGAGCAUUGGCACAGUGCCCACAGUGGACCUGGCCUCGCGUUACGAGUGCGCUGCGGUGGUGCUGCACUCGCCACUCACCUCGGGCAUGCGCGUUGCCUUUCCUGACACCAAGAAGACCUACUGCUUCGAUGCGUUCCCCAACAUUGAGAAGGUGUCCAAGAUCACAUCGCCCGUGCUCAUCAUCCACGGCACGGAGGACGAGGUGAUCGACUUCUCCCAUGGGCUGGCGCUGUACGAACGUUGCCCCAAGGCCGUCGAGCCACUGUGGGUGGAGGGCGCUGGGCACAACGACAUUGAGCUCUACAGUCAGUACCUGGAGCGCCUACGCCGCUUCAUCUCCCAGGAGCUGCCCAGCCAGCGCGCCUAGCGGCUACCUGUGCACCACUGCGCCGGGACCUCAGCAAUAAGGCAGCCGCCUGGACUUGUCCUGCUGCAGCCCUGGGGGCUGCAUGUGGACCCCCAGGACUCCCAGGCAGCAGGCAGGCAGCCGUGACCCCGCCCCGGCCCAGGGGCCAUGGACAUUGUACAGGAGAUAGAGCUAUGCUCUCUUCCUUUUGAAAGCAAAAAGAAGAAAAGACAUGAAAACAAAUUAAAGAUUUAAGAUUUUAGGGUU